GCAGUUUUUACAACUGUUGAGCUUUCAAGUGUAAUCGGAGAUGAGACCGGCCAACCUCAGCAGCUGCCGAUGAGCGCAGCACUACCUUCUGCGUCUCCCCCCGCUUUCCUUCGCUGCGCCCCAGCUUGCAAGCCCCAGGGGUCUGGCUGCGGGGGCUCCGCGCCUCGGGCUCGGUGAGGAGCAGAGCUUCGGGGAGCCUGGCGAGCGUGUCGGACCAUGCACUCUCGCUUAAAAUAAGCCGUGGGAUUUGCAAGAAGCUCCGUAGCUGGAUUCUGCAGACUUUUUUUCCUCCCUCCCUCCUGUUUCCCCCCCCAUCCCGCUCCGCGACGAGGCGUGCCGUUUCUGUUCUUCAUUUCUGGGAAGCCAUGGACAAGAAGCAAGAUUCCAAAGGAUCCUUGGAGCCGCACAAACCAGUGAAGAGCAAGAAGAAACGGGAAUUGAGGAUACCAUGUUUCACCAUCAAGCAGCCUGUUGCCAACACGACACCUCCGAGGAACUUGGACUCCAGAACUUUCAUUACCAUUGGAGAUAAAAACUUCGAGGUGGAGGCUGAUGACUUGGUGACUAUUUCAGAGCUGGGCCGGGGGGCCUACGGCGUGGUGGAGAAAGUCCGGCAUGCUCAGAGCGGCACCAUCAUGGCUGUGAAGAGGAUUCGAGCGACUGUGAACACGCAGGAGCAGAAGAGGUUAUUGAUGGACUUGGACAUCUCCAUGAGGACAGUUGACUGCUUCUACACUGUCACCUUCUAUGGAGCCCUCUUCCGAGAGGGCGAUGUGUGGAUCUGCAUGGAGCUCAUGGACACCUCCCUAGAUAAAUUCUACAAGAAGGUGCUGGAGAAGAAAAAAACCAUCCCUGAAGACAUCUUGGGGAAAAUGGCCGUGUCUAUUGUACGAGCCCUGGAGCAUCUGCAUAGUAAACUGUCUGUGAUCCACAGAGAUGUGAAACCUUCCAACGUGCUUAUAAACAAGGAGGGACAUGUGAAAAUGUGUGAUUUUGGAAUCAGUGGCUACUUGGUGGACUCCGUGGCAAAGACCAUGGAUGCUGGCUGCAAGCCGUACAUGGCUCCGGAGAGGAUAAACCCUGAGCUGAACCAGAAGGGCUACAACGUGAAGUCAGAUGUCUGGAGUCUCGGGAUCACGAUGAUCGAACUGGCCAUUCUUCGCUUCCCGUACGAGUCCUGGGGGACUCCCUUCCAGCAGCUCAAGCAAGUGGUGGAGGAGCCUUCGCCCCAGCUGCCUGCUGAUCGCUUCUCCAAGGAGUUUGUGGACUUCACGGCACAGUGCUUAAGGAAGAAUCCUGCUGAGCGAAUGAACUAUUUAGAACUUAUGGAACAUCCUUUCUUUACUUUGCACGACACCAAAGAGACUGACAUGGCCUCCUUCGUGACAGAGAUCCUUGGGGAAGACUCUUAACUCUCAGACCUCGCGGCUGCGUACGGUCCCCUCCAUCCAGCACCCCAACUUCCCUGCCGAAGAGCGAAUGAGGACUCGUGUUAAUGGUGGUUUGCACAAAUCACGUUUCCCCAACCCCUUGGCAUCUCUGGGCCCGUCUGGCCUUGCAGUCUCUUUUCUCUUUGCCCUACAUGAAAUCCCCCAGGAUGAGCCUUUUGAAGCUGACACGUUCCCGACUAAGCUGCAGAGACCGAAGGCUCAGGAUUUCCCCAGCCGGUGCCAGGCGUGUGCUGUGAGCGGCGUGGGGAGAAGCCUGUGCCCACGGUACCUGAGCCGAGGCCAGGAGGCUGGGCCCGAGUGAAGGGUGCGAAAGGGCCUCUCCCUUCCCCAACAGCCUGGUGCAAAGUGCAGGGAAUUUCUGUGUUUAUUCCCCUUUGUUGCCUGGGGAAGGCUGAGGGAGCAAUUCUUCCUAUGCUUUCGUGCUCCCUUCCCCUUCUCCCCUGCCUGCAUGGGGCCAGGGAGCCCGAAAGCCUCGUCUCACAAAGUUUGGACUCGUUCUCCUUUCCUUUGUGCCUAGCUCUCUGCCGCCAGGAUCCUUUAGGAGCUCUUUAGGAGGCCCUGGGGCUGUCUGGGCACAGCCUUAUCCACUUCAUGCCUGGCUGAACGUCUUAUGACUCUUCCAGGCAGCACCAGGCCUGGUGCCCCCCUCCCACCCCCUCACUGAAUCAAUGCACCGAUCACUUGGUUGGGGGGGGGAGCAUUUUUAAAUGAGCCCAGCUCACUCUAAGCUUCAACUCACACUCCCACCGCACUUGCCCACAGCACCUCAUCCAAAGCACAGCGUCCCCUUCACUGUGCGGGUGCAAGGUGGCAGGGAGACAAGUGAACCCCCGGGCAGCGGCCUCUCUCCCCUGCCCUCCGGCCCGGAUGGAGGGAUGUGUCUGCGCUGCAGCCUGGUCCUCACCCGCGCUGCCGGUCCGGAGUGUGGGCGUCUAAUGCCGGCGGUGGUCCCUGCCUCCUCCUUCCCUGGCUCCCGCUCUGGAGAGGAGGUUGCUCUGUCUCCCUUCCCACCUGGGGCUCACGUAAGACCUCGCACUGUGCCACGCGCUCAUUUGGAGGCCGCGUUUGUACCUGGGGCGUCCCAAGCUGCCUUUGAGCUCCCCGGCCACCCCCCGGUCAGCCAAAAUCGAAAACCCAGCGACUUGCACAGGGGCUGCUGACAGUUGUACGUUUUAUGUCUAUAUAUAAUGGACUUUGUAACAUGUUUCCGAGUUUUAAUCUAACUUGCUAUAAAUUAAAGCCCUACUGCGUGGGAGGAGGGAGGAGCGGUUCCUUCUCCGCUACCAGCUCCACUGUGAAAACCUGAUGUGUUCCCCCGCUCUCCCAGCCUGAGCACCCGACAAGGAGUUACGGGAGCAAAAGGGAUUUCUAUCUUCUACUGUACAUGAUCACAGGAUAAACGCACCGGCUGUGGAUUUUUUUUUUUUAA